UUUCUGCACCAUCACCAUGUGACCUCCUGUAAAACCCUCUCUCCCUCUCUCUGCAACUAAUGAAGGUUUUUUGUUUUUAUGCAAAAUAAUUUCCAACCAGAUCUUAACCAAUCUUAUUCGAUAUUGUUCUGUAAAAUAACAAAAUCUUUUGAAUAUUUUUCAUCAUUUCUUAAUUUCUUGGUGCAAAAACGAAGUUUCAACAACCCUUCAUCUUUCAAUCGCUGAAUCUUAAUUCCCACUCCUACUGCAAGUACCGAAAAUCGAAAACUCCAUCUCAACUGCUGAUAACCCCUUUCAUCUGCUCAAAAAUCUAAUCUCUUAAUCUGGAUUUUUAAAUGAGUGAAGAUGGUGGAGCUCCAGAGUUCCUCCAAGAACAAGGGGUUCUAUGUGAGGAUGAGGCUAUCGCACAAGCAGGCCAGACAACAAGAGAAGAACAUAUUCUUCAAGUAUUACAAAUGGGUUCUCUGGUUUUCCCUGACUCUGUAUUUCUUCACUUCCUACCUAAUAAGUCACAAACCCAACCCUAUCUCUAAAUCUCAUGCUGUUAAUUCCAAAUCAAGUGUGGCCUCUCGUGCCCUCGUCGAAUCCACCAAUUCAACAUUCUUCAAACAUCCCAGAAGCCACAGAAGUGAAGACCCAUUAAAGGGAUUGAAGAUAUUUGUCUACGAUUUGCCGUCCAAAUACAACGCAGAUUGGCUCUCCAACGAACGAUGCAGCAACCAUUUAUUUGCUUCGGAGGUCGCCAUUCAUAAGGCUCUGUUGAACAGCGACGUACGUACUUUUGAUCAGCACGAGGCAGAUUUCUUCUUUGUUCCUGUUUAUGUGUCUUGCAAUUUUAGCACAGUUAAUGGGUUCCCAGCGAUCGGUCACGCUCGGUCUCUUCUAGCCUCUGCUGUCGAAAUAAUCUCCUCCAGCUACCCGUUUUGGAAUCGGAGUCGUGGGUCCGACCAUGUGUUUGUUGCCUCACAUGACUACGGCGCUUGCUUUCACGCCAUGGAGGACAGAGCUAUUGCGGAUGGGAUACCGGAAUUUAUGAAGAACUCGAUCAUACUACAGACAUUCGGCGUCAAUUACAAACACCCUUGUCAAGAGGUCGAAAAUGUUGUGAUACCGCCUUAUAUUUCGCCGAAGAGUGUACGGAAUAUGUUGGAGAAAGUUCCGGCGAACGGACGGCGAGACAUUUGGGCGUUCUUCCGGGGCAAGAUGGAAAUGAACCCCAAGAACGUUAGUGGACGUUAUUACAGCAAGAAGGUGAGGACGGUGAUAUGGAGAAAGUACAACAGUGACCGGAGGUUUUAUCUUCAGCGGCACAGAUACGCCGGUUACCAGUCGGAGAUUGGACGGUCCGUGUUCUGUUUGUGCCCUCUGGGAUGGGCCCCGUGGAGCCCGAGGCUGGUAGAAUCAGUUGCUUUAGGGUGUGUGCCGGUCAUAAUUGCUGAUGGUAUCCGGUUACCCUUCCCCACCGCCGUACGAUGGCCUGAUAUAUCCCUGACGGUGGCGGAGAAGGAUGUAGGGAAGCUGGGAAGGAUCCUUGAACAUGUGGGGGCCACCAAUCUGACCGCAAUACAAAGGAACCUCUGGGACCCAGCGACGCGUUCGGCCCUUCUCUUCAAUGAUAUGAUCGAAGAAGGUGAUGCCACCUGGCAGGUUCUCCGCGGAUUAACGAAGACGCUGGACAGGUCGUAUAGGCGUGUGAGUGUUUCUACCCAAUAACAAUGUGACAUUCGUCAAGUUUAGAUUGGCAAGUUCGGAACCCUGCUUUUGCCCACGUGGAUGCGUUUGCAUGGAGAGAAAUAAUGGAAGCCAGUGGAUUUAUUGUGGGAUUGCUCGUUUGUCAGAAGACUUUUUAUUGGCUGUGGUUGGGGCCCACUUUUGGGGAAGGAUAAUAUAUUAGAUAUUUUAUUGCUGCUGAGUUGGCGAUUCGUGAUUAAUUUAAUAUGCGGUUUGCGCGGGAAA